AUGUGUGUUGAUUAUUUGUCUUAUCAAUUUGAUGAAAUGGAUUUAGCUGUUUCUUGGAGAGUUAUAACAAAACAAAAAAAGAAAACAUGGGCAAAGCAACGAAAUAACCUCAAGACAAUAAGUCCUCAAACAUUGAAUUGGUUAAAAGAUAGUGAUGUGACCUGGCUUUAUGGACCAUUACAUACAGUAGUUCAAGAAGAAGAAGAUCCAUUUUUGGCACCUAGAAGAGCAACUGCUGCAGAUACAUUGGGAUUAAUGCUACAAGAGCAACAAAAACCUAAACUAAAACCAGCUUUAAAGAAGGUCACUAAAGUUGAUUUAUUGAAGCGUUCAGUAACAGAACUUGACCCACUCAACAAAAACCAUCAUCAUCGUACAAUAUCUCUUUCAGAAGCAAAUGAAGAAUUGAAGGCUGUCUCACCUGCUGUUUUAGCAACACACCGUCAACCUAAAUUAAGGUUUAAUACUCAAGUGGAACAAUGCAUAGCCAUUACUGCUGAAGAAGCUGCCAGAGAAGAAGAAGAAUACAGCAGCAGUGAUCCAGAUACAGAUGACAUUGUCACAUCUCAUGUAGACCAUGUUUAUUAUAGAAGAUCAUCUAUCAAGAAGAUUGCACCUGCUCGCUUAAAGAAAUCACAUAUUCGAACUGAAAAAAUAUCUACUAUUCAUUCAUACAAAGAAAAGAGCCAUGUGGCAGAGCCAGCUCUAGUGACAAUGCAUCAAACAGCGACUGAUAUCAACAAAUCCACUCAUCACACGAAGAGACAAAAGAAGUCUGAUUUUCCUGCUGCAAUAGAACACCCAUCUUCAUCUAAUCAUACUUCUAAAGCUCAUCAUCAAUAGAAUACUUUUUUCAUGUACAAUACCAUCAUUGAAAUAAAUGUUUAUGCACUAUCAAGUGACUGUAUAAAAAAAGACAGUCCCUUUUUUAUUCUU